ACCCUGCGGGCCAGCCAAGGUAGUUAUGACAAGAAGUAAAAUUGGGAAAAUUCAUGUUCCGGAUGAACUGAGUUAUUUUUCUUUAAAACGAGUCAACAAUAUCGAUUAGUCACAGUUACGAAUGUAAUAAGACAUUAUUUCUAAUAAUAUUGUUAAUGUCAUGUACCUAUGUAUUAGAAUAGACUUCAUAAUUAUAAAUAUUAUAUCUACAUAAAACACGUGACCACCGUGGCAGGAUUUUAUGCUAACUAUAACAGAAGCUAAGGCCAAAAACCGGAGGGAGGUGCUUAGUAUCUUAGUAUCCUUGAGUUUUAUACAAAACAAACUGCAACAGCAAGAGGUCAACAGACACUCCAUAAGCGAUGAGCAGUUUAGUUUAGGUGUCCGAUAGUAUCGUGUACGGAAAUUUCGAUGAGGUGCAUAUGAACUCAUCAUUAUUCAAAGAGAGCCGAUUUUAUUAAGAUAUACCAAACUAUAAUAGCUUAACUUGCUAUACAAGAAGAUUUUUAACAAAUUUUUCUGUUAAAACUUUAUGUUAAAUUAAAGAGAUUUUAAUUAAUAGUGCAUGUAUAUUUUUCCGGUUUGGCUAAAUUUAACUAUUAAAUUAUAGCUCAAGUUCUGAUUAUUCAAAAUUAAUUUAAUUGUAAAAAAUGAAAAAAGUUCAAAUGCAUUUCUUAGAGUGAUGAAGAUUACAUUAAUUCUCAUACUAUUGUUUUUUGCUGCAAUGUCGGCAAACUGCAGUGGGACGUUGAUAAUAGUUGACAAAUUACGAAAAAAAGCAUUGGAAAUAACACUCAAAAGUCCAAUUUGCCGAAUUUAUAAUAACAGAAAUGAGAUACAAGUACUUUUGAAAACAAAUCCUCUAUUUGUUUAUGAAUCAAUGUAUGUUGAAUCAGUAGAGUUGUUCUAUAAAAUAUGCCAAGGCACACAACGAGGACCAUGUCAAAACAUUGAGUUUAUAUAUCCAGGAACAAAAUGGUGUGGACCAGGUAACAUUGCCAAAAAUUAUUCAGACCUGGGAGUUUAUCGUGAUGAAGAUAUUUGUUGUCGAGAACAUGAUCAUUGUACUAGAACAUUAGAAACCGGUCAAUGUUAUUUUAAUCUUUGCAAUACAUCUCCUUAUACUAGAUCACAUUGUGAAUGUGAUGGAAAAUUUCAGCAAUGUUUAAACAAAGUCAAUACAUCCACUGCUCAUACAUUGGGUGUAAUAUUUUUUAAUAUAGUAAAAGUUAUGUGCUUUAAAGAAGAAUGUUUAUUUGGGGGAUGUAUUCAAAAGUUUGAAAUUAUACCAAAUUAUCAUCAACAAGGCAGAAGUAUGGAUAUCCUGACCACAGAUAAUCUUUUCAAUAUUUUUACAAAAAUUGUAAUGGAUUUUGUGCGUUUUACAUUAAAAUGAUUGUAUUUAAUUUUUAAACGAAU